AUGGAUGGGAGUCUAGGGGAGAUGUCCCUCCACAGCCACGCAGAUCUGGCACACAGCCAGGACGGCAGGGCCAUGCUGCACUCGCGGGACCUUUCAGCUGCUUUCCCCAGACCCUCCCUCGGGGGCCCCACCAUGACCCUGGAGCCCGAGCACCGUCCGCCGGGCUUCGACCACUCCAUGUCGGCGCUGGGCUACGGCGGCGAUGCCCCGUCCAGCUGUGGCAGCACCUACACCACCCUGACGCCCCUGCAGCCCUUCGACGACAAGUUCCACCACCACCACCACCACCACCCCUGCCUGCCCGUCAGCAACGUCAUCGGCAGCUUCACCCUCAUGCGCGAGGACCGAGGCCUCGGCGGCAACUUCUACAACCCCUACGGCAAGGACCUGGCCAUGUCCCAGAGCCUGUCGCCCCCUACGGCCGCCUCGGGCCUGGGCUCCUCCAUGCACGGCUACGGCAGUUUGGGAAACAGCCCCAAUGGCAACGGCGGCCAGAUGCUCCCCGGUGGCUACGAAGUCCACGGGGGGAACCUCUUCUGCCGGACGUCCGACUUCGGGCGUGAGAUGUCCCCACCGGGCCUUGGAGGAGGCGACGGGUCGGUGGGCCACCAGCUGAACAAAAUGGAAGCCCACCAGCACGCGCCGAGCCACCACCCUCACCUCUACAGCCAGCACUACCAGCCACACCACCACCCGGGCCAGCAGGCCUCCAAGAUGGCGGAACACCCGCACUCCUCGUCUUCGGCCUCGUCCUCGCCCGGCGAGGGCAUGCUGCCCGGCUCACAGGGCGGCGGCGGAGGCGGUGGCAGCGGCGGGGCGGCCGGAGAGGAGAUCAACACCAGGGACGUGGCCCAGAGGAUCAUCACCGAGCUGAAGAGGUACAGCAUCCCCCAGGCCAUCUUCGCCGAGAGGGUCCUGUGUAGGUCACAGGGCACGCUGUCUGACCUCCUGAGGAACCCCAAGCCCUGGGGCAAGCUCAAGUCUGGCCGCGAGACCUUUAAGAGGAUGUCCCGCUGGCUCCAGGAGCCCGAGUUUCAAAGAAUGGCCUCGCUCCGGCUGGAGGCCUGCAAGCGGAAGGAGCAGGAGCAGAGUAAGCUGGAGCGCAACCAGGGCCCCAAGCGCACCAGGCUGGUGUUCACCGACCUCCAGCGACGUACGCUCAUGGCCAUCUUCAGGGAGAAUCACCGCCCAGCCAAGGACCUGCAGGUCACCAUCUCCCAGCAGCUGGGCCUGGAGCUCUCCACUGUCAGCAACUUCUUCAUGAACGCCCGCCGACGCAACCUCAAUAAGUGGGCGGACGAAGGCCGUCCCUCCUCCACGGGCUCCUCGGGUUCCAGCGUUUCCUCCUCCGCCGUGUCCUGCAGCACGGCCUGA